GACCUUAUAUACAUAAAGCUGCUAUUAUAACUUCUGAGGUUUAGUCCUUAAUAAAUAGCAAUUGAUGUUACUAAUACUAUUGUAAUAGAAUUUUUUUCAGUCUUUCACAUAUGCCAUCUGCAAAGAGAGCUAAUGUUUAAUUAUUAAUAAUUAAUAUUUGUUGAUUGAUGAUGAUGUGAAGAGGACUAAGUUAACCCUGAAUAAAGAGGAGUGAAGAUGGCCACUGUUGGUGUAGCUUCAUAGCUGUCCUGCAGUGUUCUCUGAAUCAAGGAAAGAAUCAUUCAGGCACAUAAUACCACCAGUGUCACAAGAUGGCAGCCAUUGAUUUGUCCCAUGAGGGAUCCAGUUUGCCUUCAUGAAGGAAAGACAGAAGCAGAAAGGAAGAUGAUUGUCUGCCUGCCAAACUGUGAUCAGGACUUGGUGACCUUUGAUGAUGUGGCUGUGCACUUCACCCAGGAGGAGUGGAUUUUACUGGACCCAACUCAGAGAAACCUGUACAAAGAUGUGAUGCUGGAGAACUAUGAGAACCUGACCAUAGUAGGUACAGAAUUUCAGCUCCUCAAACCCAGCCUGAUCUCUUGGUUGGAGCAAGAAGAGUCAAAGAUAGUGGAAGGAGGGGUUCUCCAAGAAUGGAAAAUGGGACUUAAAAUCAAAGGGGCUUCACUUCAGCAGAAUUUUUUGAGGGAAUAGAUCUCCAGUGAGAUACUUAGGGCAAGAAGGCACAAUGGAGGGGAGCUCUGUGAUGUAAGCCAUGUGGAGAAUUCAUCAGUGGACGUACUUGCCUUACCUCACACAUGAGAAUGCAAAAUACAGGGACCACUUCUUAUUGUGAUCAAGGUAGAAUAGACUUCUUUCCUUUGCACAAGAGAACCUCUCCUGAAAAGAAACUUUUUUUGAAUCAUUGUAGGCAAACUUUCAGCUUGCCUCCAAAAGCUGUUUACCAGAAAAUAUGCACUCAAGAUAAACCCUUUGAGUGCAAUGAUGGUGGGAAUUGCAUAUGCCCCAACUCCCCCCUUUUUUCUUAUUUUCUUUUUCCCUCUCUUUUCUUCCUUGUUAUUUUUUAUUCAUUCUUACUUCCUCCAUCCCACUUUCAACCCCCUAACUUUUACUAUCUAUAUGUAGGGUAACUUUCUAAAUACAGAUAGGAGGUUGAAUCUA